UUGGCACAACACCUGAUGAGAAAAGCGGACACUUCUAACAAAAAUUUUCCUCGACAUAACGUCAAGUUAAAGUGUAGUUUAGACCCGAAAUCUCCUUCAAGAUGUUAAAUUGGUUGAUGAGAAGUGGAGGAAUCGCCUUUUUGAUAUAUAUGGCUGUCAUUUCUCGGCCUGGAUCGUCUUUAUUCUCAUUUCAUCCUUUUCUAAUGACAGCAGCUUUUACAGGUUUGAUGACAGAAGCCCUAUUAAUAUUUUCCAAAUCUGGCUUGGCUGCAGGUGCUCUUCACAGUACAAGAGUAACUAUACACUGGAUUAUCUUAUUAUUAACUGCAGUCUGUCACAGCCUGGGGUUUGCAGCCAUCUAUUUCAACAAAGAGUUAAAUGAGAAGCCGCAUUUUACUUCCUGGCAUGGAAGGAUAGGUCUCCUAGCUUCAGUAUUCCUAGUCAUUCAACUAAGUGUAGGCGUGUUUGCCAAGUACCCAAAGCUUCUGAAAAUGUUCAUGCAUGCAAGGAGUGUGAAAGCCAAUCACGCCGUAGUCGGGAUGCUGACAUUUAGUUUAGGUAUGGUUGCCACUUUACUUGGGUUUUGGAGUACUUGGUUUGCGAAUAAUUCCUCAGCAAGGGUAUCGUAUGGGUUUGUAGGAUUCCAUGCUAUUUUGCUAGUCGUAAUAGUUCAGAAAGUUUUAAAGAAAUAUGUAUUAUGAUAAUGAUUAUUGUUAUUAUGUGUUUGUGUUUUGUUUUAAAUAUUGAACCAGAAGUGCAUUAGAAAGCUGCUUGUUUGGUGUGUUGAGUUGAUAGUGCAAUUUAUAUUGUUUAAAGCAGCUUUUUAGAUUUUUAAGGAACUAUUUUACUUUGGACCAUUUUGUGUUUAAAACUUGCAAAAGCUCAUUCCACUGUUUGUCAUUCUCGAUAUUUCUGUGUGUUCUACUUAAAAGAUAGUGUAAUGCAUUGCUUUGAACAAGUAAAGACAUUUUUCAGAAAUAGACCAAUGUAUUUUUAUAAAAAUAGUCAUAUAUGAGCAAGUGAAAGGAAUGGAGUUGGUCAUUAUUGACAAAACCAUGGUCCACUCAUUACUGAAUUAACUGCAUAUGCAACAAAAUCUGAAAGAAAAGCAUGCUGUGCUGUUAAUGUGCUAACUUGGUGCAGUAGCCAGUCUUUUUGUUUUGUUUCAUUAGCAAGUAGAAAAAGGCAUAACCUGUAAAUUGUGCACAUUUUGUGGAAAACCAGAAACUAAAUGGAGUGUUCUGAAUAAACCAAUCACUUUUGGAAAAAGAAAAUGUGUCUGCCACUCAAUUUAGUUUGGAUGCAGGAUCGCAGACACGGUAUUUGUACCUUGUCAAGUAAUUAUUUACUACUAUGUGUUUGUUUUGUUUCAAGAGUUUCUACUACCUGUCAUUACUUCUAUUGCUACUACUAUUAUUACUACUAUAUGUCUUGUGGAGCAAGACUUUUGUAGUAGUUUCGUGUUACUCAUGUGAUAAAGAAUUUCCAAUGAUUGUUAAUAUAAAGUAAUUCAACUUAUUUUUGCCUACUCUUUAUAUGUAUUUAUCUGCAUUGAUAGUAACAGCAGUAACAAGCAAUUACUAGUAAUUCCAGUGUCAUUAUUUUAUUAUAAGUAAUAGUAGUUGUGGUGCUCAUGGUAAUACCAUUAUAAUUGUUGAUAUCAGUAGGAGAAUCAGCAUAAGGAAAGAAUAUCAACAUCAAAAUUAAAAAAAACAUUUUAAUGAAUGGAUGAACACCUUUUGAAAUAAAUAAUUCAAUGAACCACUUAUGUUGUAAGUAUGGCUAUUAAAAACAAACUAAAAGAGUAAAUGAUGUUUGCUGUGCACAAUGGAGGUGGAGGAGUAUCCCCACAACAGCAUGAAUGAAUGGUCAAGGGCUGCCACAGGCUAUAGUUUCUGGAUUGCUAUUCAAAAGAAAUUAAGAAAUACAAAUACAUAUAAAAAUAUAUAUGACCUAGCUCUCCUGUGAAUUUGUAAUAUUACCUGAGGUGCUGCUAAUGGGUUAGAAUAAAAGAAAAGAUGCUUAAAUUGGAUACAAGGCAAUAAUGAGCUUUAAAUAGUAAAUAAAAAGUCAGUUCAAUUAGGUAGCUAGUCCACAGGGUGUCUAUAGUCAGGAAUGAAAGUUAAUAUUAUGUAAGAUUGGCAGGUAUUGUGGACAUGUUGACUGAACAGAUAACUGAUGAACUUUUGGCCAACAACUGAAUGGAUGUUUUAGUGGCUAAUAUUUCACCAAAAGGAUAAAUGGGUUUAUGGACAGCAUUAUUAUUGUUUUUAACUAUUUAUUUAUUUUGUUGAUAUCACUUUGGUUUUAUGGUAUUAAAUCUUUGUUCUUGAUAAUUAUUUACUGACUCAAUGAGAGAUGCUUCGGAAUUCAAGACUUUUGUCAUUUUCCAAUGAGCUUGUCUUGUGGAUAGUGUAAUUUUCUGGUUAAACAAACUAUUAAAACCAGGGUUGUCAUAUACGUAUUUGGAUAUGUUCAUUCAGCCUCGAAUAUCCAUAGGUGAAAUGUCCAGUGCUUGGCAGCUAAGUGUCAGUCACGAGUCAUCAUAAUAGUCACAAGCAGUUCAUCUUUGUUGAACACAGCUACUACUUCUACUACUACAACUAUGAGUAGUCUAAUUACUGAUAUCAUACUGUACUUUAACGGUGGAUGUUAUGUUAUAUAAUUCAUAGGUGUCUAUUUCUGAAGAAAGGAACAGCAACAAAGAUCUGUGGUUGCAAUCACUGUACUUGUAAUUGUUAAAGGUGUGGUUAUGUGAAAGCAAACACACUGUAAUAUUGAAGAUCAUGUUUUUGUCCACAGAUUUUGGAACAAAGUGGGUAUGCAUUUGAGACUGUGAACACAUUUUUAUUUAUAUUUUUAUGUACUGUAACCCGUGCAUAGAACAAAGUUGUAGUGCGGUGAUUUUCUGCUUGUUUGGAAUUGCAGUAGUGUUGAAGUCUGAAUAUAGUUAAAAA